AGACAGAGCGAGAGAGAGAGAGAGAGAGAAGGAGUUAGAGGUUAUCAAAAGUUAGAGGUUACAGGAAGAGAGAGAGAUAAAGGUCAAGUAAAGGUAACUGGGAUCAAACGUCAGAGAGGUUACUGUUACAUCAACAGUGGAACUCAUCAGUGAGAGCCCAAGAUAGGGUCUGCCAACACCAGGACGAGGGAGGCUCGAUGCAGCAGGGACUUCAACUCCACAGCAGGCUCCCCAAGCAGUAAUGAGGCCAGCCCCAGCACCAGGAGACAAGUCCAGCAGCGCAAACAUCCACCCUCCAGCAUUCCUGAGGAAGGAGCCGAAGAUCUCUUCAUACCACCAGGGGAUAGUUGACUGACUGAACAAGCAGCAUGUCUAAACCAUCGUCCAACGUCAAAGCCCUGCAGGCAAAUCUAAAUAUUCCGAUGGGAGCGCUGCGUCCAGGUGCGGGACAUCCUGUCAAGAGGAGAGAGGAUACUGUAGACACAGAGGAGGCUCCUCCCCCAGACCCCCUGCAGGAAGCCACAGCCCUGUCGCCAGAGGAGAAGAAGCCAUUGCCAGGAUCGAUGAAGCUUCCUGGUCCAGCAGUCAACCUAUCAGAGCUGCAGAACGUCAAGAGUGAACUACGAUGGGUCACCAAGGACUAACACACACACUGCGGUGUUUCCCAACUUCUCCUCCAGUACUGAAUCAGGUGUGCUUGUCCAGGGAUACAAUAAAAUGUGUACUGUUGGGGAUACUCAAGGAGUACUACAGGUUUCUCAUCAGACCCACACCCACCCUGCAUCUUCUACUGAUGGACUACAACUACCACACCCACCCUGCAUCUUCUUCUGAUGGACUACAACUACCACACCCACCCGGCAUCUUCUACUGAUGGACUACAACUACCACACCCACCCUGCAUCUUCUACUGAUGAAAUAUAUCUACUUCAACAAACCCAUAACUGGUUUAAUUUCCCAUGCAGUGAAGUUAGGGUUAGGGAUAGACUGAAUUGAAGUGAACUAAAUUUAACAAUAAUACAUCCAGCCCUGGUAGCUAUAGGUCUCUGUGUUACCUCAUAUAGAAAAGACUACAACCAGACUAGUUAUAGGGUUUGUUUGUAAAUUCACUCUGGAGUGCAAGAGUGCAGAAUUAGUCAAUUCAGAGCGUUUCAGAGCUCACACUGGACACUGGCGGUUAAUCAGAGCGUUCUGACCUAACAACGGCUGUCAAGCACCCAAGAUAACUGGCUAAAGUUGACUAGCUUGCUAGCUACUUCCAGACACAAAUGAAACAACACCUCACUCUGACCAUUCACCAUAGCAGAGCUGGUUAGGAUGUUUUCAUGUUAUCCAGAGCAUUGGUGACUGUAAUUGUGCUGCUGACAACAAUAUAUUUACAUUUCUUUGCCAACGUUUACUGACACCGAUCAUAUUCAAUGGGUGCUCGUAAAUUAAUCAGUUAUUUUGGACUCUGGUACACUCAGACGAUGAGUGCUCUGGAAUAGGAUUAGAUAGUCAGAGUGAAUUUACUAACGCACCAAUAGACAUCAUAACAUUACACCUCUGUUACAGCUCUGCUACCUUUUACAUCUUUAACUGUCAAUGUGAACAAGACACAAUCUGGAGAAUGUAUCUGGUGGACUGAUGUCAUCAGAAUGUGUAUGGUGGGUUGUGAUGUCAUCAGAAUGUGUAUGGUGGGUUGUGAUGUCAUCAGAAUGUGUAUGGUGGGUUGUGAUGACAUCAGAAUGUAUUCGGUGGACUGUGAUGACAUGACAAUAUUGUGAUGUUUUAAUUGUUUGAAAUUCCCUUAUAAUCAAAAUGGUUUCUAGGAGAUGAUGGAUUCCUUAGCAACUGUUGCAAUAAAUUAUAUCUUGAUUCUA